CAAAUAGUGCUCCGCUUAUAUGGAGCCGGGCAAUGGCGAUCGACUGACUCCAGUCACCCCACCAUAAUGACCUCCAUGCGAAAACGGGCAGAGGAGCUCGUCGUCGGCAUCCAGGACAGCAUCGUCAGCGCCCUCGAAGCCGUCGACCCCGACGCCCCGCCCUUCAAACGCGACUCGUGGACUCGCGCCCAGGGCGGGUACGGUACUUCCUGCGUCUUCGCUGUCCCACCCAGCGACGACGAUGCCGCGCCUCCGCCGUCAUCAGUCCUCGAAAAGGCCGGCGUGAACGUCUCCGUCGUCCACGGCACCCUCCCGCCCUCUGCCGUCCAGCAGAUGCGCGUCGAGGGCGGUCUUCCCUUCUUCGCUACGGGCGUCAGCCUCGUCAUCCACCCCCGUAACCCCAACGCGCCUACCUGCCACGCUAACUACAGGUACUUUGAAGUCACGGAAGCCAUCGACCCGGACUCUCCAGAGCCUCCGAAGCCGUUGGUCUGGUGGUUUGGCGGAGGCGCGGACCUUACUCCGUCCUAUCUGUUCGAAGAGGACGCUGUGCAUUUCCACAAGGUCCACCGGGACGCUGCUGAGCCCCAUGGUGCCCAGAUGUACCCUGCUCUGAAAAAGUGGUGCGACGAGUACUUUUACAUCCCACAUCGCCAAGAAUCCCGGGGCAUCGGAGGCAUAUUCUUCGACGACCUCAGCGUCGAGCCCCAUCCUCGUCUCUCGUCGGAUGAGAAGCGUCCACAGACGGCAGAGGAGAUCUUUUCAUUUGUACGCGACAUGGGGGCAGCAUUUAUACCUGCAUAUAUCCCCAUUCUUUCGAAACGCUGCGUCCUUCCUUCUACACCUCGUCAGCGUCGCUGGCAGCUCAUCCGCCGUGGGAGAUAUGUCGAGUUUAAUAUUAUGAUUGACCGGGGAACCAAGUUUGGCUUGAACGCCCCCGGUGCCAGAAUAGAGAGUAUUCUCAUGAGCUUGCCAGAGACGGCAAGGUGGGAGUACAUGUCCGAUAUGGGUCAGGAUCCAGAGUCGGAAGAAGGUAAACUUUUGGCAGUCCUAAAGACCCCAAAGGAAUGGGUUUAGAAAAUUAUAUCUGUAUUCUUAGAAUAUUGCCUGAAUUAUAAAAUACCACUCUCCCAGA